UUCCAGGCUUCCUCGUGUGCGGCACCGAUGCUCAUCCUUGCGGAAGGCUACCUGAAGAAGAGAUGCGCCAACUUGCCUGUCAUGCGACGGCGGUACUGCAUGCUUGUUGUCGACGACUCCAAGCCGCCACCAUCAUCUUCAUCGACAAAGAUCAAGGUCAUGCUACGAUCGUACAAAAACGAAGAGUCGAGGAUGGCAUCGAUCGACUCAUUUGUGUCGUCGCAUGUGGUGAAAUGCAUCGGGGAAUGGACCGGGAAAGGCAACUUGCACACGUACCCAAACGCUUUUGUGGUGGAGACGCUGCAGAGCAAACUGUUCCACUGCUCGGCGGACUCUCCCGACGACAAGGCAAGAUGGACUUCUGCAAUCGAAGUGUACGAUCGACUGUCCGUCGGCUCGUCGUCCAUACCUCCCCCAAUUGAUACGCCCGUGUCUUUUACCCAUGACUUCGACGCUGCAGGUACCUCUCACCUCCUCUGCACAAGUGUAUCCGUGUCCCCAGGGCCACAACUCGUCGAAGGUGACGGCGGUGGGAUACCUGCUCCUGCACACCUCGAAGGGCAGCACCAUAUCGAAGCACCGGACGCACCAUCAUCCUUCACUCGACCAGCUUCAACACGUCCCAAGAGCUUGAGAAGCGAUGCUUUGUUCAAGUCCAAGUCGAAGCAAGGUCGCCGAGGCAACUACAACGACAUCGACAUGGAUAGUGACGAAGAGCAAGGUCCAUCCCAUGUGGACUCGGUGCACCUCGAUAGCGCGCUGCUGCAACUCUCAACAACAAAACCUUCCCCGUCGAACGAUCUCGACGACCUUCCGUUCAACACCGUCGAUGUUCCAUGGUCCUCGAUGAGGCUGCACUACGUCGAGGCACCGGAAGCAGCUCCAUCCAAUGCUGACUGCGCCAUGGACGAUGACGACGAAGAGUAUUUGGACUUGAACCCGGAUAUGGUCGCGCGGUUCUCGCACAUGCGCAUGAUGGAGGCGCGAGGUCUAGCCAAAGACUCAUUGAACGGCGGAUUGCUGCCGCCACGGCGCAGCGAUGGCGCUCGAUCGAGAAGCCGGCACAAGACACAUCCUUCUGUCGUCGACGACAUGGCGCCGAAACCGAAAAAGAAAACCAAAAAAGAGCCAAAAAAAGAACGAAAUACAAAACAGGUCCACCACGGCGACAACGACGGCCGUACUCCAGCGAACCCCGCGCCUCGACGCGACCAUUCCCCACCAGCUCCUCAAGAGAGGCGGAUGUACAAAGUCGCGCCCCCACUGCCCCCACCACCACCCUUGCCCACCGCUGCCCCACGGCCUCCGCCGUCCCUCCAGUUACCCGCCAUCGACGACUUCUAAAGCCAAUGUCUGUCUCCAACAUCACUCUUGUCCUUCUGCUGCGCCACGUACCCCACCGCGCUCAAAGCGAAUUCCACAUCUGCCAAGCUGGUGAAAGAGCAGGAGGUGAGCCAUCGCAGCAUCAUUGUGAGCUGCACCACGUGCAGCGUACGUGCUCGACAUUGGCAUGGGAAUCGCCACGGUGCCAUCCCGCUUGCGACCCACGUUAGCGUUCUUCCACGCAGUUUAAAAAGCUGGGGGUACCGGGGUUCGAUCCCCAAGCGUUGAUAAUUUUUCAUGUUCCACGUGGUCGUCCCCACUGUGUCUGCCACGCAUCGGUGUCGCUUACGUGACGAAGAUGUGGGAGUUAGGCCGACCCAGCUGCCAUGAACCAACCCACGAGUGCCCAUCGAUCUCGCAGCGUCGGCAUGGCUUCGUGCAAGAGUUUACCGCUGUCAAACAGCACCAGAGUCCCACCCACAGGAUCGACGUCGACGGGGGGUGUCUUCUUGGAUGGGUAUGCGCGCAACGCGCCGCCAUCCUCAGCUGAGUUCCAGUUCGCAUCGUUGAGGUACAGCACCAUCGAAAUGACCCGGUGCACUUUUCCUGUGGAGAAGUGAGACACUCGGACAUCGCUACCGACAACAUACCGGGAACGUGGUGCUGCUGGUCAAUGUGCUUGCCGUAAAAUCCUUUGCCACCACCAGGGUAGUACAAAUACUGGAGCUCCAUGACAUCAGCCAAAGGUUGCACGUUUGAACUGAGGGUUUCUCGCAGGUCACUGAUCGCGUCCAUGAGAGCGUUGCGGAUGGCGACGUCUCCCACGUCUUUGCCGGCGGCUUCCGCGUCGUCAAACAGGCCACAACACUCCGAAUGGCGUUUUCUCAACUCCAUUUUCUGGGCUUCACCCUCUCGACCGCCAAUGGCACUUUGAGUGAACGCUCCUGCACCACGUAACGCUUCAGCAUCGCAUCGAAUUCUCGCAACCGUGGCAGGUGGCAACCAUGCAGGCGUCACGGAGAUAUUCCCUGAUCCAAUCGACGACAGCGUUGUAAUGGGCGACGGUGUGAAGCUGUGUACUUGCCGUUUCUUGGCACGUGGACGUUUUCGUCGGCGCUUCUUCACGGUGGCGUCAGAAACGUCAUGUGUAGCUGGCGACGAUUGCUUCCGCUUCUUGGAUACUGACGGAUGCUCAGGGGGAGUAGAUUCUUGAGACCUCGCUGGCGCAUCUCCACCGUUACCUUUAGAAGCAGUGACUUCAUCGACGGCGACGAUGCCCUUCUUCUUGAGUCGGCGCUUCUCUGCGUGCGACAGCGCCAUCCAAGCAGUUCCAAGAAAAG